GCUUUUUAUUAUAAAAGUACUUGCUAUCUUCUCUAAAAGACAUUUUUAUACGUUUUGCUCUGUGGAUUCGUGAAUAGUCGGUUUUGAGAAUGGCAAGUGAAGCCAAAGUCACAGUAACACCAAAUGAUAAAGAAGGUUAUUUAUAUUUGCAUCAAGAGGAAAAGAAGUCGCUAAAGAAGUUCUUUUGCACAUUGAGCGGAAAUACAUUCACAUAUGGAAGCAAUCAGCGAGAUAAGGGAAAUGAAGUCAUUCUAAACAUUCAGGUAGGAUUACUCGUAGAAGCAAAUCUGAUGUCCAGGGAGCAAUUGUUCGUACGCUGAACGUGUGUCUUCGUAAAAUGUUUGGUCUGGAGAUCAUCCUUGUCCCCGGAGUAUCAGAGCACCAGGUUCUCUCUGAACGUGAGAUUCAAGACAAUCCAAAUAAGAAGCGAUAUUGCUUCUACUCGGAGAGCAAAGAGGUCAUGCAAGAGUGGUUCAGCAUGUUAAGCCGUUGCACGCUGUCGAAUCAUUUCUGCUCCACUCUGUACUACUCCAACACUCCCGAAGAACAGCGCAUUCUGGUUCCUUUGCCUAAGCUAAAAGAGGUUUUGGCUCCUCAACGACGUGCUUUGCUCUGGAAGAAGCUGCUCAUCUGCGGCGUUCGCUUCGAUUUCUCGCGCAGCGGAGAGGACGACGUUCGCGAUCUGAAGCGCAACACGCUCCUGGAACUGACAGAAGCGACGGAGAUGCUGGGACAGCUGUUCAACGAUCCGAAGUGCCUUCAGGACACGAUCAACAUGAUCAGUACGAACUUAUUCCGCGCUCUUCCGAACGCUUCGAACCUGAUUCAUUCCUCGACGGAAGACGAUGAUGGGAACGAAGUGUUCACGGAUCCCGAAUGGCCGCACCUCUCUCUGGUGUACGAGCUCCUCAUUCGAAUCGUGCUGUCUCCGCAGAUCGACAACAAUCUGCGGAAGCGACUCAUCGACGACGACUUCCUCACCCAUCUGAUCUCGUUGUUCGACUCUCUGGACCAGCGAGAGCGCGAGUUCCUCAAAACAGUCACACACCGGAUCUACGGAAAGCUGACCAAUCGCCGCGUGACGAUCCGCAAGACGAUCAAUUACGUGUUCUACGAGUUCCUCUACGAGAAGAAAUCGCAUAACGGCAUCGCGGAGCUCCUGGAGAUUCUCGCCUCGAUCAUCAACGGCUUCACCGUCCCCAUCCGUCCCGAGCACAAGCUCUCCCUGCAGCGAUCGCUCAUUCCGCUUCACAAGACGCAGUCCUACGAGAACUACUCCAUCCAGCUCUCCUACUGCAUGACUCUCUACGUCGCGAAGGACCCUUCGCUCAGCGAGCCCAUCAUCAAAGCCUUGCUGAAGUACUGGCCGUACGGCCACACGCCGAAGGAGACCUGGUUCCUGAACGAGCUGGAGGAUCUGCUCGAGCUGGUGAAGCCGGAGGACAUCGUGCCCUACCGCGUGCCUCUCUUCAAGCGCGUGGCGAAGUGUAUCGCCAGUACGAAUAUUCUAAUCGCAGAGAAAAUCCUGCUGUUCUGGAACAGCCAGACGUUUUACGGGGUUACGAUCGGGAAUGAGGACAAUCGCAGAGUGAUCUUCCCUCUCAUUUUCAAAUCUCUUUAUGACUGCUCUCGCGGAGCCACGGAGAAUAUUCAGAACAUGGCGUCGAAUGUGCUCGACCUGUAUAAAGAGCUCGAUGGGGAAAUGUAUCACUCGUUGGUGAAGCAAUAUACUGGUGUACGAAAGUAG